AUGCGUGAAUUGUGCAAACGUCUUGAGAUUCAGCGAACUAGAAGUUCACCGGCAAAUCCCCAAGGAAACGGCCAGGCAGAGAGAAAUCUGGCAGAACGUUUAGCCAUGGAAGUAGAAUCUACAGACUGGGGCCUGAAGUUGCCUGCUGCACCAUCAGCUAUGAGAACAGUGGCUAAUAAAACCACCAAAGAAACACCAUUUUAUGUGGCUUUUGGAUUUGAAGCGCGGAACCCAGGAGACGUAAUUAGAGAUGAGACAACGACCGGUAACAAUUCGGGUAAGAAGAGAAGAAUGCAAUAAAUGUCUGCUCGUCUUAAGUAUCUGAAGAAUCCGCCUUCGAAAGUUCGUUCACGCAUCCUGCGAGAACAAGAAGAUAGAAAACAGCCCGAGAGCAAAAAUGUGAAAUACACUCCUUUUAAGAUAGGAGAGAAGGUGUGGAAAACGUGCAAGGUUAAAAAUAGGGACUAGCGAAGAAACUGGUUGGACAUCGUUGGAGGGGUCCAUUUACAGGGAAAGCGAGGAAAGGAGACACAACGUACGCGAUACAGAUGGAUGGACAGAGACGAAGAAAGGAAACGAUUAAUCACCGGCGAUUGAAAAGGCAUUUUGGCGUCGAUCCCACCUUCAAUAAUCAACGGACACGGAAAACGCCACAGACAGAUCCACCAACAACUAGAAAAGCUUUGAGCAACAGAACAGUUGAUGAAAACCGUUGGCAACUCAAUGACGACGAAGAAGCAGAAGCGACUACAAGGAACGUCAACGAGCGCCCGCGGCCAGCACGUAGGCCACUACUUUGCCUCACCUAUGAGGCUGGGAUUCAUCAACUAGAAAGAAGUUACCAAAAUCUUACAAAAAAUUACAAAAAGCUACAACCUUGGAUACAAUUUUUUCUAUAA